AUGGACGAGGAGGAAAAGGGAAGGAAUAAAAAGUAUCGCAAGGAUAAGCCCUGGGACGAUGAGACAGUCGAUCACUGGAAGAUUGAGCCUUUUACCAGCGAGGAUAACAAGCCGUCGUUGCUCGAGGAAAGCUCCUUUUCAAUUCUAUUUCCAAAAUAUCGCGAAAAGUACAUUCAAUCAGUUUGGGGAGAUGUAAAAAAGUCACUCUCGGACUACCAUAUCAAGUGCGAUCUCAACCUCGUUGAAGGAUCCAUGAGCGUUUUCACCACCAAACGGACCUGGGACCCGUAUAUUAUCAUUAAGGAUUUGGCCCAUGAGAAUAUUUUAAUCAAAACUUGCAACUAUUUGGUCAUGGAGAUGUUAGCCCCCGGGAACAAUGGUGAAAUGAAACAUACAAACGCCGUGGGAAACACAGGAGUGAUUACGACUAUGAGAAUUUUAUAG